AUGCCCAUCCCGUGGGUCAUUCGAUUGCUACUGCCACUCAGUCUCAUUUCUAUCGCCAAAUGCAACGUAGUUAGUCGCGCCGAGCAUUUGCGGGGCCGGCAGUCUGGCGCGGGCUUAGUUUCUGGGGUCCAGUCAAGAGAUAGGAACGGCAAUGUUUUUGUCCGUCGUGAAGUCCGCGAUCUGAAAGAAAACUAUCCAGAUCAAUGGAACCUGUAUCUACUGGGGCUGGAAGCACUUCACUGGACAGAUCAAAGUGAUCCGUACUCCUUCUAUGGACUUGCUGGCGUCCAUGGCAGACCAUACAAGACUUGGGGGAAUGCGCCAGGCCGUCCUGACAGGAUUGGCAGCUCAGGUUAUUGUCCACAUAACAAUCAGCUGUUUCUCAGUUGGCAUCGUCCAUACCUCACGCUUUUCGAACAAGUAUUGCAUGAACGCAUUCAAGAAAUUGCAUCCCGCGCGCCCGAGGAUCGGUAUGAACGGUAUAGUAAAGCUGCGAGAUCAUUUCGCAUGCCUUAUUGGGACUGGGCCCAGGGGGAAAAGGGGGGCCCUGUUCCAGACUUCUUUACAACGGAGAUGAUUUCGGUCAUCAAAACCGAUGGUGUGGAGAAGGAUAUGUGGAAUCCACUUCAUACAUAUCGAUUCCACCCAGUUGUCCCCGAAGACUUUGAGGGAAAGUGGGCAAAUAUUACGAAAACGCUUCGAUGGCCGACUGGAGACGGACGUAAUGCCACAUCACAGCAAAUUGAGUUUGAACGGUCUUACAACGAACAGCAACGAAAUAUCCUAACCGAGAUGGGUCUGGUAUACAGGUCCAGUACGUUUGCAAGAUUUGCAGACCGGAUUGAACAGCCGCAUGGCUGGAUACAUGGAAUUGUCGGUGGUGGCUGGGAGGCUAAUGUCGCAUUCAAAGGCCAUUUCUGGCCACUAGAGUACUCCGCCUUCGAGCCACUCUUCAUGCUUCAUCACGCUAACGUCGACCGUCUUUUCGCACUCUACCAGGCAGCACACCCGAACUCCACUAUGGAACCAUUCAAGCUACGUAAUGGCAAUCGGUUCCUUGAAGACGGACAAAUGGUAAACAAUCGCACGGCAUUGCUCCCCUUCCGAAAGGAAUCGGGUGACUUUUGGACGACGAAGGAUUGCUGGAAUCAUACAGUCCUGGGUUACACAUACCCGGAAACACAGCCUUGGAAAUACGAUUCAGAUGAGGAUUACAGGGUGGCUAUCAAAGCAAUCAUCUCAAACCUCUAUGGCGGAAACGCUAGAACACAGCUCACGACCCCUCCUGCAUCAGGGGGUGGCCAUAUCCUACUAGCGAAGAACGGAACCUUCACAGACUGGACGAUCGAGACGCAAGCCUCUGCGCAUGGUCUUCCGCCAACCUUUGUCGUUCGCUUCUCGCUUGUUGGAGACUUCUCAUCCGAUCCAAGUAUCGAUGCUGGAACGUGGAUGAUCUUAAUGCCAACAGAUCACAACAGUAUGGCGCACACAAGUCGUAGGGCCAAGCAAAAGUCAGAGCGGGCUUCCACGAUCGAUCAGACACUCAAAGGUACCGUCGGCCUAACCGCACACCUCCUCGAUCAAGUCGCCGCUGGGAAACUGAAAAGUCUGAAUUCGGAAGACGUUGUGCCAUAUUUGAAGGACAAAUUGACCUGGAAGGUCUACUCGGGUGAUGGAGUCCUGAUCCCACAGUCAGACCUCAAGGCUCUCACCGUUCAGGUUGUCAGCACUACUGCGCGCAUCCCAGAUGAUCCGAACGUGCCUGUUGAGUAUAACGAGGAUGUCACGGCAUAUCCCGAAGUCACAAUUGGCAAGAGUGAGGGCGUAAUAGCUUGA